UUUUGACUGUCCGCCUCCUGAUAUUCUUAACGCUUCAACCACCUACGCAAUAACCUUCCAUUUCGAUAGUCUUACAGAAUGAACUUUUUGUUUGGUUCUCGAAAGACCCCAGCUGAAAUGCUUCGGCAACAUCAGCGAUCUCUGAACAAGGCGCAGAGAGAGCUCGAUCGCGAGCGCAUCAAGUUAGAGCAACAAGAAAAGAAAUUAAUUGCUGAUAUUAAAAAGUCAGCCAAGGCAAACCAAAUGAAUGCCUGUAAGGUCAUGGCCAAGGAUCUAGUCCGAACACGCCGCUAUAUUCAAAAGUUCUACCAAAUGAAGACACAGCUUCAGGCCGUUAGUUUACGUAUUCAGACAUUGAGAUCGACACAGCAAAUGUCAGAAGCCAUGAAAGGAGCCACAAAAGCCAUGGCAUCCAUGAAUAGAAGAAUGAACUUGCCUCAAAUUCAAAAAAUCAUGAUGGACUUUGAAAGAGAGAGUGAAUUUAUGGAUAUGAAGGAAGAAAUGAUGAAUGAUGCGAUUGAUGACGCAGUAGAAGAAGAGGACGACGAAGCCGAGACUAAUGAAAUAGUAGAGAGAGUUCUUGACGAAAUAGGCAUUGAUAUGAAUCAGCAGCUCGUGGAUACCCCUGUUGGACUGGCACAGGCAACACCAGCCCAAUCCGAACGCAUCGCUCAAGCGGAAGGUAUGACCGAUGAAGAUGCUGCUUUACAAGCGCGCUUGGAUAACCUCAGGAGGGAAUGAUAAUGUAUGUGAUUGGCCUAAGCUACG